UUUUCCCUCCCAAAUCGAACAGAAGACAACGUCCAGCUCUCAUCCGCCAAACAAAACUCACAUUUCAUGUAUCCUUGUAGACGGCCGGACCGCCAGAUCCAAUCGCUCCUCCGUAACAACCAGCAGCCGGCAGCCACUCACUUGGCAUUAAGCCAUGACCUCCCUUUUUAUCGACACUUUUCGGCGAAUGCGGCUAGUGUCAAGCUUACGGCGAUAUAUGGUGACCUUGCUGAGGCUAGAAAGAAACCACGGCAAUUGCCGCCGAUUAAGGCCGAGGUCGAGACCAUCCGACAAGAGCUUCAAAGAGGAAGAUUCAGUGACGAAACACUGCAAAUACUUGAAUCGCUUUUGGUAUGCAAAGAUGCGAAGUCGUUAAUGGAAACAAGAUCAAGCUUGACAGAGUUCAUGAGAUCCAAAUCUCUCUCCGUUAUGCGUGAUAUUACAGAGAAAACUGUUGAACAAAAGCUUUGGAUUAUGGAAUUUUUUGUUCGUGCUUUUGCUCUCUUAGGGGAUAUUGAGGGUUGUUUGGCUCUGAAAUACGAGUCCUUGCUUUUGCGGCAAGUCAAGUCUUCAGGUUGCCCGUUUCUACAAGUUUCAUCUAUGGAAUGGUUAAAUUUUGCUGAGCACUUGCUUGAUAAUGGCUUUUAUCCUAUUGCAAGACAGGCAUGUGAAAAUGCCUUGUUAGGCAUUCAAAAGGAUGAUGUUGUCAAUGCCAAAAUAUGUGAAUUCUCUGGAAGCAAAAGAAUAAAAAGAAUCAGGGACCAUGCUGUCAUAUCCUCAGCUUCAGGUUCUGUCCAGGCACAGGCAACAGAGUACUUGAAAAGGAAAACAAUUGAGAAGAGCAACAUAUGUUCCCCAGUUAGUAAAGACAUACAAAGUAUGGCUAACAUUCUGUUCCGAAAUGGAAUCAAGAAGCGAAAUGUACGACAAUUGCUUGAAUCCCAACGUAUGCGCAUAGCAAAAAACUAUUAAAUUCACUGCCAAUGAAAUGAGAAUGUGGAUGAUGCUAUGCUGCUGAUAGAAUAGAUGAAUGAGUUCAUUCCCUUCAACCAAAAGAAUAUAAGCUUGGAUUAGCUAGCCACCUUAGUCAGGUCAGUCCAUGUCUAAUAAAAUUGUGAAUUGUAUAUUUUUGCAUAGGUUGAUCAAGAAUGUCCACCAAAUUGAGAGUAUUGUUUGAUAUGGAAGAAAAUGGUUAGGCAGUAAUGUCCUGUUUUACGUAUAUCAUGCUCCCUUUGCUUUAGACUAGCCAUGUCAAGGUCUUUCAAAGAUUGCUAGCGAUACCUGAACAUUCGUUUGUUCAUAUGAAUGUGAUGAAAUAUAUUCCUCUC